AUGACGACCACGGCAGCGACGCUAAUUCCUUCGUUUCAACGUUGGUGUCGUCCUUGUUUUUGUUCUUCUUCUUCGCUUUUUAUCGAGAAGAAGAAGCGUUUGAAUGCUACUCGUACCGCUUCUUUUUCUUUGUCUGCUUCCCGUCGUCGCGUGCUUUCCUCGAGAGGAGGAGCGAAGCAUCAUCGUCGCGCUGUCGGUGCGUUCGUUGGAGCGUCUUUAACGAACGACGAGGAGACAGAGGACAACAACAACAACAGCAACGACGACGACAACAACAACACGUUUUCGUUGAUAAACGAGGGAGAACUGUCGGACGCGUUAGAACUCGAGUUCGAAAAUCCAGGCUUUGAGGUGUUCAAAGACUACGACGUCGCCUCGGACGAAGAGGAGAUGCGGUUUCAACGAACGUUGAUGAUUUUGGAAAAGUAUCACCUCGAAUUCGCGUUGUUUUUACCGAAGAGUACGAACAUCGGGAUGUACGUGUACACGCAGAUACGAGAGAUGUCGGAAUAUAAUCGAGGAAGGUUACUGUGGUCGAUGACGUCGAGAGGGAUUGAAAACGCGUGGUUGAUUAGCGGGGAAGGGUACAAGUUGAGCGCGAUUGAACGAGACGCGGUGGCGGGGAGGAGGAUGACGGCGAGAGGCGACAUCGAGGAGGCGUUGGAGGAGUACGGGUUUGUGGAUGAAGACGAGGACGAUGGAAGAGACGAGGAGGAGGAGGAGAGCUUGGAUGAGGACGAGUAUAGUUUAGAGGAUGAUGAAAAGGAUAAAAAAUACAACGCCGUCGUGUACGAAGGCAGAGCGGCGAACGUUCCAAGCAAAUGGUUGAAUCGAUUUCAAAAAGUUUUUUAUAAAGCGCCUCGCGACGCGCGGUUCGCGAAGGACGACCCGUAUCAACCGGUCACUUUUCGAGGACGCGUUCCGUUGAGAGGAUUAGGCAAGCACGUCUUACGAGACAAGUUGCCGCUGUAUUUUUCAACCUCCGACGCGAACAUUUCCUCCGAUCGAAUGAAAAUUGAAAACACGAUGGAGUACGUCGACCCGUUGGCGUUGCAUUACUCCGCGGAGUAUUUAAAGUUUCGAGCGCCUGGAGAGGUGUCUGAUUUGACCGGUAAGAUGGAUACGAGGGAGCGAAAAACGUCUCUACCGAUAAAGUGGCCGCCGGUGGUGGCAAAUUUCUUCCCGUUCGACAUUUUGACCGAUUACGUGCGGCCGCUCGGACCGGGCGUUCUCGUCGGGAACGGAUUUCGCGGCGAUUCGCAAACGACGUUUUUAAAGUUUCUUCUCGUUCGCGGGGACUAUCUGGACGCGGAAAGGAAGGGUCCAAAGCUGAUCAAACUGGAAAAGUAG